AAUGACAUCGGCGACUGUGCUUAACCUAAAGUACAAACGCAGCAUCAAAGUCUUCGAUAUAUUGUUUACAGUUUGGAUAGAUGUUAAAGUUCUUUUAGGACGUGUUGUCCUUUGCCCACACUCGGAGCCGAUGCAUCGGGUUGGCGCUUCAACUGCAGACUCUUCACUGACGUCUGACCUUUUGCCACUUCGCCACUUCAAUACCGCUCAGCGUGAAACUGAAACUGCACGACACGGAAAACGCGAAUGUGCAAGUGUGUCCAGGAUGAUGUCCAUCACCCGCUUCUACAUAUGGUACUUUCUGUCCAUGGGCUUGGGUCUCGCCUGCGUGGUGUGUGUGUGUUUGUGGAACAGCCAGUGGCGUGGCGGUUUCGCAUGGGACGGCUCUUCCCUUCAGUUCAACUGGCACCCGGUGCUUAUGGUAACUGGUAUGCUGGUGCUAUAUGGCAACGGAGCUGUUUUGUACCGUGUCCCCCUGACUUGGGGAGAGAAUAAACGUCCUUGGAAGCUUCUGCAUGCUGCACUGAUGCUCCUCGCACUGAUGCUUUCAGUUAUUGGACUUUGUGCUGUUUUUGGCAAUCACAAUGCCUCAAACAUCCCCAAUUUAUACUCACUGCACAGCUGGAUUGGAAUCAUCACCACCAUUCUUUUUGCUACACAGUGGGCUGCAGGGGUGGCUGUCUUCCUCCUGCCCUGCUCCCCUGGUUCAUUGCGUAAACUUCUGAAACCCCAACAUGUCUGGAUGGGAGGAAGCUUACUGACACUUGGCAUUGCCGCCUGUAUCUCCGGCAUUAAUGAAAAACUCUUCUUUGUCCUGAAAGGAAAUACCAAUGGGUCUCUGUCAUAUUCUCAACUUCCUGCUGAGGCCUUGUUGGGAAAUUCAUUAGGAGUUUUGAUUAUAGCUUUUGGCUUAGUUGUCAUCAAGAUUUUAUCCAAUCAUGAGUGGCAGAGGCCAGAAGAUCAGCCAGAAGAUGUGCCCUACACGCCAUUGCUUCAAGAAGAAAAUCAAUAAUGAAACUUGCUGUCCACCAAUGUCAAAGCCAAAUUUGAGUAUUCAGUGGAACCAAAGCAGAUUACUUUUUAAAUCGGGUUCUGUUCUUGAAUGUGCAAACAAGCCACACUGUGCUUAAGAGGUAAAUUAUUUGUGUACA